AUGGACGGUAUCCUCAAGACGGUCGGCAACCUCCUGCCUUACCACCUUCUUUCCUACGGUACUUUACUAGGACUUGAGGUAUUCCAGAGUUUUGUCAACACCAAAAUAUGCUUCCAAGCACUCCCGAUGCGCGAGUUCAUCACUCUUCAGAAACGCCUAUUUCCUGUCUAUUUCAGCUGUCAGGUUGGAUUGGCUGCAAUCACAGCAGCAACGCAUCCGCCCUACAGUCUCCUGUCGCUCGUGAAAGAUCCAUGGGGCGCAGGCCCGCUGGCAGUUGUUUUGACGACCGGUUGUUUGAACAGGUAUGUUUACGGCCCGAGUACUACGACUACGGCACUAGUACGAAGAGCGCUUCAUGAAAAAAAUGUCGACUCAGCGGAUGAGGAUGGAAAAAUUCACACUGCGAAUCGCAAGUUCGCUGUGAAUCAUGCCAUGUGCAUUCAUCUGAACGCGAUUGCGCUUGUGGCUACAGUCGUCUAUGGCUUUUCGCUGUCUUCUAAUCUCCUUGCUGGAUUUUAG